AUUGUGAAAGUUAUGCCGAGGAUACUGGUACCGGGAUCCAUGGUCCAGGUUUAGAGGACACGGAGGAUGGGCACAGGUGAUCGGCUGCUGGAUAUUGCCUGCAACGUAUGCGAGGAUCGUAGUUCAGGAAAACACUAUGGAAUUUACAGUUGCGAUGGUUGUUCGGGAUUUUUCAAGAGAAGUAUCCACAGUAAUCGUGAGUACACCUGCAAGGCUCAGGGCUCAAUGAAAGGUCGUUGUCCCAUCGACAAAACCCAUAGAAAUCAGUGUCGAGCUUGCAGAUUAACCAAGUGCUUUCAAGCAGGAAUGAACAAGGACGCAGUGCAACACGAACGUGGCCCGAGGAAACCGAAACUCCACCCGGACAAGCAGCACCAAGUGCCCCAGCAAUCCCUGGUGACAACAUUGUCCUCCCAUCCGGGAUCACCAAGACAUGAGGCCAGAGUUGACAUCAAUCCUCACCUGUUCCCACAUCACAGCCCCGUGGUGAAUCCCCUGUCGCCUCUGUCAACACCCCCGGGGCAUCACGAGCGAACCAGAAGAGACAGAACUGCCUCCCACUUGCUAUCAAUUCACAGGUGUUGGAUAAAUGCUUUCAGGAGAUUGAGGUACGUUCCCUAUCCCCAGCCACCGUCAUUAAUGCAAAAACCACCGGAUGAUGGAACUUCACCGGUGUCGUUUCCCCUUCAGCUACCACCACCCAAUCCAGCCCUUUAUCACUCAGCAUCUGUUGCACUUGGACAACAACCGCCGCUUCUCCAAAUUCUCAUGUCCGCCGAAAGGUGUCAAGUAAGAUUCUUAUGGAGUACUCGAUUAUAGCCCGACGGCGAGGGUUCACUGGACCAGACGGAAACAGAAGCGAGCGCUAGCCCGACGGGAACAUUGCAAAAUUUCAGUCCUACCUGGGAAAUGCUGCAGGAAACCACAGCUAGACUUCUGUUCAUGGCGGUGAGAUGGGUGCGAUGUCUAGCCCCUUUUCAGACAUUAUUCAAAGACGAUAGACUCGUCCUCCUCCAGCAGACAUGGACACAAUUAUUUUUACUGCACUUGGCCCAGUGGUCAGUCUCCUGGGACAUCUCAGGACUUCUAGAUGACGAACAGGUCAGGAGGAGGCUACCUCCCGAUGAAGCUUCCCUCCAGGAACUUCACACCAUUCAAGAAAUAAUGUGCAGAUUUCGGCAACUCUCACCUGACGGGGGUGAGUGCGGAUGCAUGAAGGCGGUAGUUCUCUUCAGGCCAGAAACAAAAGGUCUGGCCGACCCUAAGCCUGUGGAAAUGCUGCAAGAUCAAGCCCAAUGUAUUCUAGGGGAUUACAUAAGAUCCCGUUACCCUCGCCAGCCGGAGAGAUUCGGCCGUUUUCUCCUGUCAUUACCAAUGUUGCACGCCGUAAAGCCGACGACUGUCGAGCUUUUAUUUUUCCGUGAAACAAUCGGUGACAUUCCCAUUGCGCGAUUACUCGGUGACAUGUAUAAGAUGGAGCAUCACUCAACGGACGAUUUCAAGGGAGACUUGGGCUUCAGCAUAAUAAAUCACCCGAAAGUUCCUGAUCUUAAAAAAUGAGA